AUGUUACUUUGUACAACUAGAUCAACAUCUGAUGCCCAGCUUGCAUCUAGUCACUUUGAACCGGAUUUCGAUAAUGCUCAACUUCAUCGUCAGCAACAAUAUGCACAAUUACACUAUUCAUCAGGAAAUAAUAAAUCAACUGCAAAUCGAAUGGUCGCCUACGAACCAUCGACUUCUCAUUAUGACCAACAACAACAACAAACACCACUAAAACAACAUUCCAAUUAUGCAGAAGAAAAUAGCCAAGUGAAUAAAGGAAAAACUACUUCUUCACAUAUGCUCACUGAUCAUCAUUCAAAAUCUGACAGUCGAUUAGAUUUGAUCAGAUCAAUAGAUCUAAGUGAUGACAGCUCAGAUGUGGAUAAAAGAAACAGCUUGAGUGUAACUUAUCCAACUAAACAGACAGCUAGAUCUUCGCAGAUGCCUACACCACAGAAUAUAUAUAACUGUCAGUCUCCUGCUUUAGAUAAAACAGUUUCAAGAAUUAAAUCGAACACAUUAGGAUCACCAAUGAAUAUUAAAACUACUCAAUCACAAUUUCCUAAUAGUAUUCAAAGAUCACAUUCUAAAAAAUCUAAAUCCAAUAAAACAUCAAUUGCGAAAAGUUUAAAACAUGACCACUUUACUGAGCUAAAUACUUGGUGUACAUGGAUUCGAUUAAAGAAGACAUCAACUACAGAUUCAUAUGGUAUAGGUGUAUCUGAAGGUAUCUCCACUUUGGGUAUAUUUGUCAGUGCAAUUCGUCCAAAUUCUCCGGCUGAUUUAUCUGGUAAACUUUUUCUAUACGAUCGAAUUUUAAUGGUGAAUGAUACUCCAGUUGACAAUUUAACCUGCAGUGAAGUAGUAAAUCUUAUCAGUCGAUCAGAAAAACGACUAGAUCUUUUGAUACAACGUCGUAUAACAAAACAAUCUCAGCGAAGUAAACACUCACAUCAGAAUGAAAUGGUUGAAUUUUCUAAUAAAUCCUCACACAGUGGAGGGAGUGGAGUAAAAUCUGGCGUUGUGUGUACAUCUUCCAUUGACAGUGAGCAUAUAAAUAUCACAGCUUUAUAAACUUUAUCAUUCCUCUUUUUCAAUGCUUCCAUAGUCCUUAUGAUGAAACAUUGUUUUGGGUAGAAAUUUGAAGUGUUACAAUUCAACAAACACAACCCGAUGUAGCAUUUUGAUAGCUAUGUACAUAUAAUUAUAAUAAUAACCAUUUUCUGUUGCUGCAUAAUGCUACUACUUACAACUUUAAAAGUAGUUUGAAAUUUCUACCAGAAAUAAUAACCUAAUUGGGUUUUUUUUUCAGAUUGCUUCUUUUAAAUCAACCAUAAAUCUUUAUUUCUUCUUCCUUUUACAAAUACUACUUUAGAUCGCCAAGUAGUGAUAUUUUCGAAAUGUCUCUACUGUUAUUUUUGUGUUAAUUUUAGUCGUAUAAUGUCAUCAAUCCAUUUGAGUGAAAGAGUGAAACAAUACAUAUAUAUAUAUAUGCUUCUUG